GCUCGGGGGGCGGGGGGCGGGCCGGGGGCGGGGGGCCCAGCCAUAUGGAUGUGAUUUCUCAGCUCCGAGGCAGACGGGCAGCUCUACAGCGUUCGGCGCCCGCCCGCCGCCCGCCGGGCCCCCGGCUGCCUCCCUUCCUGCCUCCCUCUCUCUCUCCUUUGCGCUCGUUCGCCUUCGGCGCAUGGGCCCCGCGCCGGGCCCCGGGGCCUCGGGCCGCCGGGCCGCCAGGGUCCCUUAGGCUCGGGCGUGGGCGGGGCAGCCGGGCCUGACGCAGCUCUGUACCCCACCACCACUAGCAGGGCCGGCGGCGGCGGCUGCCCCGAGGGACGGGGCCCUAGGCGCUGGCGAUGGGGGCCGCUCGAAUCGCGCCCGGCCUGGCGCUUCUGCUCUGCUGCCCGGUGCUCAGCUCCGCAUAUGCGCUGAGAGAAGCAAGAAGCCAACAGCCGCCUUUCCCCGAGGGGACCAGGUGGAACCCAGGCAGAGGGAUGGAUGAGAUGACCCAAGAAGACAUCCUGAGGCUAAUACCAUGCCGUGGAAGAAGCUCCUUUUCCAAAGGCAAAGGUGUCAGCGGCUGGAGAAAGGUGGAUGCAGAUGACGUCAUGACCAAGGAGGAGCAGAUCUUUCUGCUGCACCGCGCCCAGGCCCAAUGCGAGAAGCAGCUCCAAGAAGUCCUGCAGAGGCCAGCUGACAUAAUGGAAUCGGACAAAGGAUGGGUAUCUGCGUUCACAUCAGGGAAGCCUAGAAAAGAGAAGCCAUCUGGGAAACUCUACCCCGAGUCUGAGGAGGACAAGGAGGUGACCAUUGGCAGCUGGCACCGAGGGCACCCCUGCCUGCCGGAGUGGGACCACAUCCUGUGCUGGCCACUGGGGACACCAGGUGAGGUGGUGGCCGCACCCUGCCCAGACUACAUUUAUGACUUCAAUCACAAAGGCCAUGCCUACCGUCGCUGUGACCACAAUGGCAGCUGGGAGCUGGUGCCAGGGCACAACCGGACAUGGGCCAACUACAGCGAGUGCGUCAAGUUCCUGACCAAUGAGACUCGUGAACGGGAGGUGUUUGACCGCCUGGGCAUGAUCUACACUGUGGGCUACUCUGUCUCGCUGGCCUCCCUCACCGUGGCUGUGCUCAUCCUGGCCUACUUUAGGCGGCUGCACUGCACACGCAACUACAUCCAUAUGCAUCUGUUCCUGUCCUUCAUGCUUCGCGCGGUGAGCAUCUUCGUCAAGGACGCGGUGCUCUACUCGGGCGCCACGUUCGACGAGGCUGAGCGCCUCACCGAGGAAGAGCUGCGCGCCAUCUCCCAGGCACCCCCGCCGCCCGCCGCCGCCGCCGUCGGCUACGCGGGCUGCAGGGUGGCUGUGACCUUCUUCCUUUACUUCCUGGCCACCAACUACUACUGGAUUCUGGUGGAGGGGCUGUACCUGCACAGCCUCAUCUUCAUGGCCUUCUUCUCAGAGAAGAAGUAUCUGUGGGGCUUCACGGUCUUCGGCUGGGGUCUGCCUGCCAUCUUUGUGGCUGUGUGGGUCGGUGUGAGAGCCACCCUGGCCAACACUGGGUGCUGGGACUUGAGCUCUGGGAACAAGAAGUGGAUCAUCCAGGUGCCCAUCCUGGCCUCUGUUGUGCUCAACUUCAUCCUCUUCAUCAAUAUUGUCCGGGUGCUCGCCACCAAGCUGCGGGAGACCAAUGCCGGCCGGUGUGACACGCGGCAGCAGUACCGGAAGCUGCUUAAAUCCACACUGGUGCUCAUGCCGCUCUUUGGCGUCCACUACAUCGUCUUCAUGGCCACGCCAUACACCGAGGUCUCAGGGACGCUCUGGCAAGUCCAGAUGCACUACGAGAUGCUCUUCAACUCCUUCCAGGGAUUUUUUGUCGCCAUCAUAUACUGUUUCUGCAAUGGUGAGGUACAAGCUGAGAUCAAGAAAUCCUGGAGCCGCUGGACAUUGGCACUGGACUUCAAGCGCAAGGCACGCAGUGGGAGCAGCAGCUACAGCUAUGGGCCGAUGGUAUCUCACACGAGCGUGACCAAUGUAGGCCCCCGCACAGGCCUCGGUCUGCCCCUCAGCCCCCGCCUGCUGCCUGCCACCACCACCAACGGCUACCCCCAGCUGCCCGGACACACCAAGCCAGGCGCCCCAGCCCUCCAGACGGCACCGCCUGCUGUGGCUGCUCCCAAGGACGAUGGGUUUCUCAAUGGCUCCUGCUUGGGGCUGGAUGAGGAGGCCUCUGUGCCGGAACGGCCACACCCUCUGCUGCAGGAGGAGUGGGAGACAGUCAUGUGAUCAGGGACCCGAGGGUUGGACCUAUGGACGUAAGGGCAGCAGACAGACCAAGAGAUAGGUGGUUGAACAGUUGCCCAUUCAGGGCCGGAGCUUGAAGGACAAAACAG